AUGGGAAAAUAUGGUGUCUAUAUCCGACACCCUGGAAAGAAGAUACUCGUGUGGCUUGGUAGCUUUGACUCUGCCAUAGAAGUGGCCAAAGCCUAUGAUGCCGCCGCCAUCAAGUUUUGUGGCUUUGACAAGGCCAAAACCAACUUUUCGAUCCCCCAAAACCACAACAACAAUGUGGUGAUUCAAACCCCCACCACCAUGGAUUCCUUAACAACAAACUUCACAAGUCAUAACCAAGAAGCUGCUAAAGCCUAUGACGCUGCCGCCAUCAAGUUUUGUGACCCUGACAAGGCCAGAACCAACUUUCCUAUCCCCAAAAUUCACAAAAACAAUAUGGUGAUUCAAACCCCAACCACCAUCAAUUCCUCAACAACCACAACAAACCCUUCCUCAUCCAUGUCAUUGCCCAUCCAUGUCAAUUGCUCGACUAGUCAUAACCAAGGUCACUCUGGAUGUAGUUCCUCCUCAACAUUCAUUGUUGUCGAGGCUGGAAAAAAGCUUGAUGUGGAUCUUAACUACCCUCCUCCCCCAAGAAAUCCCUUGAAUCGAGAACAAUGUUAA